AUGAUAACUUUAACAAAGAAGCUCAACCUGGAUUGGAAAUGGAUCUUUAGGCAGUCCUGCAAUCAUCUUUUAACGAAAUAUUUGGUCCAUAUUGUGGUUAACAUCUUGAUACUACUACUACUAUAUGGGAUUGAGGAGUUGGUAAAGGUGAUAGGCAUAAAAGUGCCCUCCCCUGUCAUACUAAUGCUGGGAAAUUUUGUGUUUUUAAUACUUUUAAGUUGGGCAAGUCCUAAGCUUUUUGGGCUUUAUGAAAAGGCAACCUUCCCAACACUAGAGCUACAUCUAAAAUGGAUGAACCUUUACUUUGUGCCGUCCUUUAUCCGUUUGCCUUUGAGUGAUGCUAUCAGCGUAAAGGAAGCUUUUAUGAUUAUGGCGAUUUUUAUUGUCGGGUAUGUCGUGUUAUUUGCUUUAGUGUUAUGGGUUUUGAUACUUUGGGAGACUCUGGAAACCAGAACUAAGAAAAAUGAUGAAGAAAAACAUGAGGAGGAAAUUGAAGUGGUUCCGCCCGUGGAGAAAUGCGGUGUGGUGGCAGUCGACUCCAGGGAAGAUGUCUGCUCUAACGGAUGUUCCUCCGAUUCGGACCUGGAUUCCAAGACUGAUCACUCAUCUAUAGAUCUUCUCAACAACAUUGUCGAUUAUAUUAUUUUUUUUAUCAUGUUUAUUGUGGGCAUACCAUUAUUCCUCAAGUUUCACAUUGCGCUUCUGUUAUACCUGAGCAUUACCGUGCUAGUUUUCAAAACCAUUUUGGAAAAGACCCCAAAACGAUACGCCAAAAUCUUUCACCCUUUAAUAUUUACAGUGGGAUUCACUUGGUUCUUCAUGCAAAUUUUCAACUGGAUCUCCAAAACAGUCUCAUUUCAAGAUAGUCUAAGGCUGUAUUCUACAGGAAGGACAUAUUUAUAUCUGUUUGACGAGAGCACAUACCACUCGCAAUGGCCCGGAGCCGGUGAUUUUUUGGUAUCUCUACUGGAUAUCUCUAUCGUCUCUCUGUCGAUACCAUGUUUUAGACUACGGAAAGAAUUAUACCAAAAUUUUAUCAAGUUAACGAGCAUCUGUACGUCAGCAGCCGUGGGAUGCUUCUUCCUAUAUCCACUAAUAUCCCAUCAUCUAGGAGUUAAGGCCCCUAGAGCCCUUGCAUUUAUGGGAAGAAGCGUUACUAUGGCCCUAGGAAAGCCACUUAUUGCCAAUAUCGACGGAUCAGUAGAUCUGUUUUCGUGUACAACACUAAUAAGCGGCCUGUUGGGUGUCUAUCUAGGUGAUCACAUGAUCAGACUCUUAGGAUGGUCCAAGCGUCAUUCAAGCAACAUUGUUACGGUUGGGAUGGUGUUGGGAAUUAAUUGCGGCGCGGUUGCUACAGCGCACUUGCUCAACACUAAUCCCAGGGCAGCUGCAUUCAGCUCUUUAAGUUUCGUAAUCUACGGUCUCGUGAUGGUGAUCAUGAGUUGCAUCCCGGGGCUAGUCGAUAUCAUCCAUAAGAUUGUUGGUUUCCAAACUUAA